AUGGCCACUGCAGGACUGUGUGGAGGAGGCAUGUGUGAGAGCUGCUGCCCGAGAGUCCCCCGGUUCCUGCUGCCUUCAGCUACCCCAGUGCUCAGAGUGCUGGUGCGGGGGCGAUUCGGGGAGCCUCUGUCCAUGGGCGGGGCCUGGGUGACACAAGUGCCAACGAAACUUGAAGGGUCAAAGUGCAAAGGGCAGCUUUUGAUUUUUGGGGCAACCAACUGGGACUUGAUUGGUCGAAAAGAAGUGCCUAAACAGCAAGCUGCUUACCGCAAUCUUGGGCAGAACCUGUGGGGGCCCCAUAGGUAUGGGUGCCUGGCAGGGGUCCGGGUGCGGACGGUGGUCUCGGGAUCCUGUGCCGCACACAGCCUCCUCAUCACCACGGAAGGGAAGCUGUGGAGCUGGGGUCGAAAUGAGAAGGGGCAGCUGGGACAUGGCGACACCAAGAGAGUGGAAGCCCCCAGGCUCAUAGAGGGGCUCAGCCAUGAAGUGAUUGUGUCAGCAGCCUGUGGCCGGAACCACACCCUGGCCUUGACGGAAACAGGCUCCGUGUUUGCAUUUGGGGAGAACAAGAUGGGGCAGCUGGGCCUCGGCAACCAGACAGAUGCCGUCCCCAGCCCUGCACAGAUAAUGUACAACGGCCAGCCAAUUACCAAGAUGGCCUGUGGGGCGGAAUUCAGCAUGAUAAUGGACUGCAAAGGAAACCUCUAUUCCUUUGGGUGCCCCGAGUAUGGUCAGCUGGGACACAACUCGGAUGGGAAGUUUAUUGCACGGGCGCAACGGAUUGAGUACGACUGUGAGCUGGUGCCGCGGCGAGUGGCCAUCUUCAUCGAGAAGACAAAAGAUGGGCAGAUUCUGCCUGUGCCAAACGUGGUUGUCCGAGAUGUGGCCUGCGGCGCUAACCACACGCUUGUUCUGGACUCUCAGAAGCGAGUCUUCUCCUGGGGCUUCGGGGGCUAUGGCCGGCUGGGCCACGCAGAGCAGAAGGAUGAGAUGGUCCCCCGCCUGGUGAAGCUGUUUGACUUCCCUGGACGUGGGGCAUCCCAGAUCUAUGCGGGGUACACCUGCUCCUUUGCCGUCAGCGAAGUGGGAGGUCUGUUUUUCUGGGGGGCCACCAACACCUCCCGUGAGUCUACCAUGUACCCAAAGGCAGUACAGGACCUCUGUGGCUGGAGAAUCCGGAGCCUGGCUUGUGGGAAGAGCAGCAUCAUUGUGGCCGCAGACGAGAGCACCAUCAGCUGGGGCCCAUCACCGACCUUCGGGGAGCUGGGCUACGGGGACCACAAGCCCAAGUCUUCCACAGCAGCCCAGGAGGUGAAGACCCUUGACGGCAUCUUCUCGGAGCAGGUCGCCAUGGGCUACUCACACUCCUUGGUGAUAGCGAGAGAUGAAAGUGAGACUGAGAAAGAGAAGAUCAAGAAACUGCCAGAAUACAACCCCCGAACCCUCUGAUGUCCCGGGGACUCUGCUCCACCCCUCUCGCGGCAGCUGUCAUUUCCAUGUGCACUGGGACGGGAAGUCGGUCGAGGAAUUUACACAAGCAAACGUCAGCCGAAGGCGCAUUCUGUUAGACUCCCCGGGUUCCGUUUCAUAAGUGACCCAACAUCAACUACCUUUCUCUGUGUGCUUUCCAAAGUAUGUUUUUUUCUCUUAAUGUUGAAUUAAACUAUUUGCUCAUAGUUGACUUACCAUUCCUACAAGAGGCAGAAACUUUGAGCAAUCUAGGUUUUUUUUAAGUUGUUUCUCUUUUUUUCCCUCCUAAAUACAAUCCCUAAACACCC